GAGAGCUCUCAGACCUGAGGGCAGCUGUGGCGGUAGAGCCGCGCGUGCGCAGACCGGGAAGCGAGUUAGCGAUUCCGCUCCUGCGGUGAUUACGAUUCCUCCAGACCAUUGGGGGCGGAAGGCCAUUCCUGAGGUCAGGUCCUGAGAGCCCCUUGCCAUGAGUACCUCGGGCCUGUUCCGUUUUCCCGCCCCACUGACCAGAGUGUGCCCAGUGCCUUGGGCACUCCGGCUCUGCGAGAAGCUGCCGCUCCUGUCCCCAGGAACGGUGGCCACUCUGGUGCAGGCAGCCGGCAAGAAGGACCGCCCCGCGCUGCUCUCCCUGGACGAGCAUGAGCUUGAAGAGCAGUUCGUGAAAGGCCACGGUCCAGGGGGCCAGGCAACCAACAAAACCAGCAACUGCGUGGUACUGAGACACGUGCCCUCGGGCAUUGUCGUCAAGUGCCACCAGACCAGAUCCGUUGACCAAAACAGAAAGCUAGCUCGGAGAAUCCUGCAAGAGAAAGUGGACGUCUUCUACAAUGGCGAAAACAGUCUCGUUUGCAGAGAAAAACGAGAGGCAGAGAAGAGAAAGCAAGAAAGAAAAAAAAGAGCAAAGGAAACCCUCGAGAAAAAGAAACUCUUGAAAGAACAAUGGGAAGCUAGUAAAAAUGUGCCGGGAGAGGACUGCAGGUUCUGACUGAAGGAACCAGCCGACUGGCCUCCAGCUUUCAGAGGAGUGUGUGUGUGCCGGGCCCCAGAGACAGCCAAGUCUCUAAACAGCAGACAGACUGUCACGAAUAGAGGUGCAGACUCUGAGAAUAAAACUGUAUAGAAACCCAAGGAAGUCAUUACUGGAGAAGGAACAGGGGCGCUUUUGUGGGGGAGGAAAGGUUAUGGUGAUGGGAGGCUUGGAGGGCCUCCAGGGCAGCUGCAGAGUCUUCUUGACCAGGGUGGUAAGUAGAAGCAUGUCCCCUUUUAAGCUAUACAUUUGUGUGACUGUAUCAUAUUUUAUUAUCAAAAGUGAGAAGUAUUUUUGGAAAAAAAAAAAAGACUUUUUAUGGAAAAUGAUAGAAUUGAGUCAAACUAGCAUUUUUAGUGCCUCCUUGUCAUCUGCUGGGACGUCACUGAUCAUUGACACGUGGAUGUCAGCUAGCUUCAUGUCAGGUUAAGAGAAUAAAAGAAAACAAGAUGGUGGAAGAUUUACAAGUUGGUAACCCACUUGCCCAUUUACCCCAUUAGCUUAAUAGACUGUAUGUUGACAAGUGACCACUCUGGUGUGGAAAUACAUCAUUCCCUGUAUGUGGAUCUACAAGUAGUAGGUUUAUGAGAGAUGAGGUUUCAGAAACCUGGUUUGUGAAUUUGCUUGAUACCAUUCCUCAAGCCAGAUUUGACCUUACAGAUUGUUGGUGGGGGAGAGGGGAGGGUUAGGCAUGGUUAUUAACUUGGUUUAUUAGAAUCCAUCCGGAGUUUAUGCAAAAAAACUAGGAAGGAAACAAAAACCAUGAGGUGAGAAAGCCACCGUCAGACACAGGACCUGCCUCAUUUCUUCACUGAAGACCAGAUUGCAUGGUAGUUGUGGUUUAGUCGCUAAGUCAUGUCCAACUCUUG